UGUGUGUGUUCACUGAAACCAUAGAGGUAGUCAGGAAGUGGACAAGUUGUUGUGGAAGACUGUCAACAACCCUUAAACCAGGAAAGGAUAUUUUACCUUUUUAUUGCCAUGGCUGAGCGCAGAAUAUCCUCCAUCGAUGGAAAGCUAGCUGAAGAAUUUGCCAUUCCUUCUCAUGUUGAGGAUGUCAAAGAAAAGAUGGCGGAUUUUGCCAUGCGUCACACAGAAGCAGGUCGCAGGGUGGUCCUCAUCACAUCUGGAGGCACCAAAGUUCCCCUCGAGUCCCGCACAGUUCGCUUCCUUGACAACUUCAGCAGCGGCAGACGAGGAGCCGCCUCAGCAGAGUACUUCAUAGAGUCUGGCUAUGCUGUCAUUUUCCUCCACAGGCAUCGCUCUCUCUACCCAUACACACGGAUGUUCUUAACCAUUAACAUGCUGGAUGCCCUGCAGUUCAAGGUCACGGACGGAACAGCUGGUAACCCCAGUGACGUGGUGGUAGACCAGCAGAUGCUUCCAAACAUUGUCAAAGUUCUGAAGCAGUACCAAGAGGUGAAAGAAGGAGGACUUCUUCUGCCCAUCGAGUUCAACACUUUGUCAGAGUACCUUCAUCUACUCAAAGCGGCGGCGCAGGCGCUCCACCCAAUAGGAUCAAAGGCCAUGUUUUACUUGGCUGCAGCUGUGUCAGAUUUCUACAUACCAGCGUCUGAGAUGCCUGAACACAAGAUCCAAUCAUCCAACGGGCCUCUGCAACUCAGCUUGAACAUGGUCCCCAAGAUCCUGUCCCCUCUCGUUAAGGACUGGGCUCCUCAAGCGUUCGUCAUUUCCUUCAAGCUGGAGACGGACGAGUCCAUCCUGCUGGACCGGGCCUGCCGAGCUCUGGACACGUACCGGCACCAGGCGGUGGUGGCCAACGUGCUGGACUCCAGACGGGGUCAGGUGGUGGUCGUGACCCCGCAGACUCAGGUUGAGCUGCGCCUCACAGAGGAGGAGGUGCAGAAGGGGGUGGAGAUAGAGGAGAGGAUAGUGAGCAACCUGACUUCAGCUCACACAAAGUUUAUUAAUCCAGUCAGCCUACAUCUGCCAGAAACUUAAAGUGUCAUCUUAACGGAUCCCGGCAUUUGUGUUCGGAACUGAAGUUUGUGUACCUUCAGUUUUCCAUCUGCUUGCACAAUUAUAGUAAAAAUUAUGAUUUUCUGUUCUUUAAAUGUGUCUCUGUACGUUUUCUGAACAAUAACUGCCUACAUGAUAAGAGUUUUACAUUUUUUAUUCAUAUUGAAAGAAAAAUUUUACAUGUCAUGCCUGCUUUGCCGAACGUUUCACCAGUACUAAUGUUCAGUCUGUACCAUGUGACUAUAUUAAAGCGAGACUACGUGA